AGUGUUGUUAGAGUUAAUGAAACAAGUAGAAAUUCAAUUUUCUUUCGUUCAGUAAAAAAGGGGUUCCUUUUUUCCGAAAAACCCACUGCUGAGGGCUGAGGUGGUAGUUUGUCCUUAAAAUCGACAAUAAUCCUGAAUUUUGCAUUCCCAGGAAUUGGUCCCUUGAACGUUUCCUUUCCCUCUCCGUCGUCCGUGUGUGAUUCGUAAAAAAGUUAUCGUCAAUCAACCUAGAACGCAUCAUUUUUGUUAUUUUUUGUGUGUGCUACGUAGUUCGCGGGGCCGAAGUGCGGCCUUCCUCUUGCUCCGUCGUAGUGUGCUUCCGGUAUUGUGCAUUAAUUUGCAGCUUUGUGGCCGUCCACUACCUUCUGUUCCUGUACUAAUAACGAUCGAGCGUCGUGGCACGGUGCCCAGCCAAAAGGGAUUACUCCGAAGAGAAGUGGUCGUAGUCCACUAGUAAAGGCGGCCCUCCUUUGGGGGUUACAGCGACAGAAAGUAAAUCGUAAACCGUGAGAUCGCUGGUGCUGUAACUUAAUCAACCGAUGGGUGCGACAGAGGCAGGGUGCCAGCGUGCGUAAACGAUAGAGUGGGAAAGGCUGGUGCGUAUUGCGUAUAGAGAGUGUUUUGUGAGUGGAAUGCAGGGGACACAGAAGCACGGAAGGAUAGGAAAUAUCAAUGGAUUGAAUCGGUGGGUUAAAAGUGUGCAAAACUGUGACAACAACCAAGGGCAAAGCCGUACCAGAAGUGUCGAAAAGGAAACCUAAAAUUCAUCCUUACGCAGCAAAGUGUCUUGCUGGAAAGUUAAAGCUUCCUGCAAAAGUGAAUUGUGCAUCUUGAAUUCCGGUCCGGUCAGUUCGUUUUACGUAAUUCUGCGUCUCAAACCCCAGUGGCAUCAAGUGGAUUCGAUUGGAGCCCUCCAAACACUACCCAGCCAUCCCCCCUGUGUCCCCAAAGGUACAAAAUGUCGAUCGAAGAGCGCUUUAACGCCGCCGUCAGCGUAAUCCGUGGGCUGCCAAAGAAUGGACCGUAUCAACCCAGCAACGAUAUGUUGCUACGAUUCUACUCCUACUUCAAACAGGCCACGAAAGGGAAAUGUUGUGAGCGUAAACCAGCGUUCUGGGAUGUGGUCAAUCGCGCCAAAUGGGAAGCUUGGAACCGGUUGGGUGACAUGCCGAAGGAAACAGCGAUGCAGAAAUAUGUGGACGAGUUGAAAAAGAUCGUCGAAACCAUGUCGUACACCGAUAAUGUGGCCAACUUCAUGGAGUACAACAUGAGUGAACUGGAUAAUGUCAACAUCAGCGAUUUGGAGAUGGUAGCUCCAGAGGCGAUCAAGAAGGCAAGAUCGCGUCCCAACUCACCGCUUGCCUCGCGUGAAGCCAGUCCUGUUGGGCGCCUCUCUCCGGUUACACCUCCACCGACAGCUGUGGUACAGCCUGGUACAACUCCUCUGGUGAACGGUCAUGUCCAUAAACCAACUGCAAUCAAUGGUUACCAUCACCAUACACAUCACGAUCACAACCAUCAUCAUAAGAGGAAUGGUAGCAGCGGCGUAAAUGGCAGAUCAUCUCCAAUUAGUAACGGAGGCAUUAGCUCAGGACCAUCGGAACUCAGCGACGAUGACGAAUACAUUGACACGAUGGAUGAUGAGUUUGAAAGCGAAAUGCCGACAAUGUCCGCCGUUUUCCGUCCGAUCGAAGCAGUUAACCACGGGCAUCACUACUACCAGCACCAGCGGAAUGCUGUAGUAAACGGAAUAAACAAUAGUAGCAUGCAAAACGGUGGAGAAGUGGCUGCGCAGAUAUCGCUCACCGUCGAGCGAUUGAAUGCGAACAUGCAGCAGGUUUUAGGACGGGUCGACACCAUUGAGCAAUCCUUAGCCACGCUGCGCGAUGAACUUCAGAGGCAACAACAGCAACUGGCAAAAAUUAAUGCAGCUUCUAUUGGACCCCGGCGCACUCGAUCAGUUCUUGGAGCAGUGCCAGCAUGGUGGCCCUUCCCCGAGAUAACGCCGGCGACGCUGGCGUUUAUUAUUCUUUGGCCACUGGUCAUCAAUCGAGUUACCAGCUGGGCGCAGAGAAAGAAACUUUAAGCGAAUCGUAGCACCGUAAGAGGGAUAACGAGCGGGUUGUGAAAUGUUAACAUUUUGAGGCGCGGUUUGCCUUCUGCAAGGGAAGGGUUUCUGUUCUGUUGGCUCUGUUUAUUUUGUUUGAGGUUCGGGGGGUUGUGGUCCUUAUUACAGCUUUUAUAUUACUCACAUGGUUUGCGAACCUACGGUUUAUUGUAUAUUUGUAGCUCCAACUUUUCCACACAUUUCCGGACGUUGUACUUGGUGCUCCGUAGCAAUGCAUUCCCAUUUCAAAUACCUAGAAGCGACGCAGCUUGCGAUAUUUUUGUUUGACAAACUAAUGGACAACUAUUACUUUCAAUCAACGUAAAAGUGCAAUUUUCUGUUAUCCUAUUACUAUAAUUUAUUUAUAAUGUAUUGAAACGGCAACCUGAUAUGAACCAUUGGAACAUAUUUUCGUACUAAGUAUGUAAGAAAGCAUAUGUUUUAAUAGUCUAAAUAUAUGUUGGACCCCAACAAGUAUAGAUCGGCGACCAAAUUGUUUCAAUCAGUAGCCUUAAGGUGUUACCAUUUUCUAGCGAACUUAGUAUUUA